UCAUUAGCACCACGAACGGCAAGCGUAGUCAAUGGUACCAACUUUGAUCCAGAAGCUAUAUCGGGUCCUGUCGUAUGCCUACUUAGCUAUGAUACAUGGCUGAUAUAUCUAGCUGCGAUCUAUAGGCGCCACAGAUUAUCGCCUUGACCCUUGGUGCGAGCCACUGGAUGUGUAUGAAUUCAAUCUAGGUACCACUGAUCCUCUACAUAUGCUCGCGCUGUCUCAUUGUAGCUGCCGUCCGGACACACAACAAAAACCAAAGAUGCCUGAACCCACGCCGCUACCUGCUCCACUACUUCUGGAGUUGCUUGUUCCACAAACCGAGACCUUCCUGGUAGAGGGACUCUACAUAGGCCUAUUGUCGCGACACCGGCCCCCAACCGAGGUGCGAGAAUGGUUCGACGACAAACAUGUUCGUGAAAUGCUUCAUACACACGUCAAACGAAAGAACAAGAGUCCAGACUACCUGAAGGCCAUCAUUUUGUGUAUGGCCGGUCUGCUCGAGGGAACUCAGGUCCGGUUGACACCAACUAUCUGGAUUUCGACCGGUGACACGAGGUCGAAAAGUAGCAUCAAGAACUCAAUCAGCAAUGCAACCUACCUCAACAAGUUCCUGGCGAAGUUUCGGAUGAGAGAACCUCAUAUUACCGUAAGCGGCCCAGAAAUUCUGUCGGGAGUGAGAAUCUCUUCUGGAGUUGGCGUACACACGUUUGCAAUCCGAGGUGCGGAUAACAGCUUGGAUUCAGUAUGUGGUACCAGUGCCAGAUUCACAAUGCAAGCAGCAUCGGAUGGCAGUACCUUCCAGUGUUACUCCACUAUUGGUGGCUUGAUCUUUGUGGAUGAUGAUCUUUUCGCCAUCACAACUGCUCACGCUAUCACAAAGCAUGGAAUCCCGGACCCUCGGCACGUGGUCAUGGACGAAACAGAUGACUCCCUUAUACUGAGAGGUUCGAAUCUGCGCGAAUGGGUGCCCUCACCAUUCCCAAACACUUUCGCAUAUUUAGGCGACGCGUAUGUCCGUGGCACCAAAGUUGACAAGCCUGUUGUUGAUGCUGCAGACUUUGCUCUCGUCGAACCGCAAUCGUUCCCAAAGCUAGGUAACAGAUACCAGGUUGAGGGUUGGUCGGAUUUCGAAACAGUCUCAGGUCAUACACCAACCGCUGAACUCUCUUCCGGAGAUGUAACGAUUUGUACAAAUGACUACAGAGUCCCGAUGAAGGGCUAUAUGGUAGAAGGCGAUGUUCCUAUCAUUGUGGGAGGUAUUAUGAUGCUUACAAGGAUGAUAGAAGUGACUAUGCCGGCGGCCCCUGGCUUAUCGGGCUCUUGGGUAGUUCGAGGAGGGGAGCUGUGUGGCGUUGUAUAUGCAGGCAAUGCCUCAAUUCCAUACCUUUACAUUAUUCCAGCCGAAACCAUGCUGGAGAACGUAAAAAAGUUGCUUGGAUCUGGUACCGUAAGAGUCGCGACUACCCAGAAAAUAUCUGAGUGGAAGCUUCGACAUACACCCGACAUUCAUACCUGGAAGUCUUCGGCUGAUGAGUCGCCCUCGCCACAUGUUGAGACCAAAGCGCCUCAACCGCUAGAAGAUACAUCUUUCUAUGAGAUGUAUCAAGUGGGAACCAUGGUUCGAAUCAAAUCUUUUUUUGCUGACCUUACUGUUGAAUCGCAAGAGAUGUAUACUGUUUGGGAUGCUUCUAGAGAUCGACAAGGCAACGCACAAUAUACGCUUCAAAAGUCCGACGGAAGUCUGGUGGAUGGAGGAAGAGAAUACAGUAAAAACGAACUGACAUUUGUUGUCAGUAAGAGGGACUUUCAGGAUGGUGGAGGAAGAGAGUCCAGUGUAUUGGCUUUCAGUUACUUCUAUGGGGCUGCCGAAAAUCUGGAGGAAAAACCUCGGCAUCAGUGAGUAUCGCUGUAGCUAUCGUGUUCUAUGAUGACAUCGCAUUCCAAAGCGUCUUCCAUGCUGC